GGUCAAAUGACUCCGCAUGUCUGCCUGUGUGUACAUUCCCGUGAUGCACGCCUGAUGAAGACUCACUUCCAACACUAAUAUCGUGUGUCCGAAUAUGUUUGCGACCAUCUGAAGCUGCUCCCUCGCGUCAUGUCCCUGUGAAAGUGCCGGUUUGAAAAGUCAACAUCAAACCACGACUUCGCAAAGCCUCUGAGCAGAAAGAAGACGCUGCCAAGAUGUUCAGCACCAAAAGACUGAAGAAGAAGUCUCAGUCGGUGGAUAUAGCCAGUCAAGGUUUCUCCCCGACUCUGGUGCCAGCCUCGCCCCUCAACAAGGCUGCACCACCUGUUGCCAAGACAACGACCGUCCUUGCCGUGCAGGAAAACAACACUACCAACUCCCAGCGCCGCAGCCCCCGGUGUGGUGAGCUGAAGAGAGGCUACACCAUAGAUACCGGCCAGAAGAAGACUCCAGAGAAGAAGGAUGGGAGGCGCAUGUCGUUCCAGAGACCCAAAGGGACCAUUGAAUAUUCUGUGGAAUCGCGGGACACGUUGAACAGCAUUGCGCUCAAGUUUGACACCACACCCAACGAACUGGUUCAGCUGAACAAGCUGUUCUCCAGAGCAGUGGUGCCUGGCCAGGUUCUGUAUGUUCCUGAUCCCGAGUACGUCUCCAGUGUUGGAAGCUCUCCUUCCCUCAGUCCCAUCAGCCCCCUGUCUCCCACCUCCUCAGAAGCUGAUUUAGAGAAGGUGACGGACUCUGAUGGCCCCCCCAGACCAGAAGGCGUUCACCCUCCAGUGUUUACUGCUCUGCGCCAGUCCAGAGUGGUGUCAUCCACCUCCGAGGAGGAAGAGGCCCUCACAGAGAAGUUCCUCAAGAUCAACUGCAAGUACAUCACUGGUGACCAGGGUGCGGUGAGCGGGGUGUUGCUGGUGACACCCAACAACAUAAUGUUUGACCCUCACCGGAUGGACCCACUGGUUCAGGCCCAUGGGUGCGAGGAGUACGGCAUCAUGUGUCCCCUGGAGGAAGUGCAGUCUGCUGCCAUCUGCAAGGAGAUAACAGACCCCAAAAUCAGAGAGGCUGUGCCGGAUGACCUGGAGCCUCUUCCAGCUGAGAGACAUCCCUCCCAACAGAAGGACCCAGAGCAGCGCCUUAGGGAGCCAGGGGCCAACGACAGCUGCAGCACAGCCCCGCGCAGCACUGAGGGCUCCAUCUCCGAAGACGUCUUCACUGAAUCGGAGCUGUCCCCCAUCCGUGAGGAAGAGCAAACGUCUAAUGAGGACCUCCACCUGGACAAGUCCUCCGGCGCUUCGACAGAGUCUGUGCAAACCGUCACCCAGGUGGAGGCCACAGGUGCCGAGUCCCAGGCCCCAGGCAGUGCCCGUGGCUCAGUCAGUCAGCCGGAAGAGCCCGCUGCGGCCAAAGCAGAGGACAAUCCACCAGACACUGCCACAGAAAGUGAUAGCCAGUCCCCCACGGGAUCCAAGCAGCACAGUGCAGAGAAGCCACCAAGCACACCCACUACCACCACCAGCAGCAGCACUAGCCAGGCCCAGGGCUCCAGCAGCAGCACCUCUCGCCCAGGGUCCCAAAGCUCAGCCACCCCUGGUGCCAUAGACGGCACCUCUGUCUCAGCCAGUCCACAGGGGGAAGCCAACGAGGGGACAGACGUCUCCAAAACGGACACUAUGCAACAAGGCAAGGAGGAAAAGGAGAAUGUUGAGCAGACACAAAAGGAGGGCACGCAGAACUCUGCAGAAGGUACAGGGUCUGCAGAGAGGCGGAAGCACCGUACUCAUAAGUUCCUGUGUCUGCGGGUGGGGAAGCCCAUGAAAAAGACGUUUGUUUCUAACGCCAGCGCCUCCAUGCAGCAGUAUGCCCAGCAGGGCAAGAAGCAUGAAUACUGGUUUGCUGUGCCGCAGGAGAGGUCAGACCACCUGUACGUGUUCUUCAUGCAGUGGAGCCCGGACAUGUACGGUGAGGGGGUCAGGGGGAUGGGACAAGAGCCUGGGUUUAUGGUUGUCAAGAAGAAUGAAGUGUCAGAAACAGCUGAGGAUGAGCCCAUCACUGACCUCAAUGUCAAGGAAUGGGAGGUAGUGUCUCUGACGGAGUACCACCGUCGGAUUGAUGCGCUAAACAGUGAAGAUCUGCGCUCGCUCUGCAAACGACUCCAGAUCACCACCAAGGAAGAGGUGAAUUCCAAACAUGGCACAUCCAUCAAGACAGAGCUGGAGCCUGAAACAUUCAAACCCAACCUCAGAGAAGCCAGUGAUCUCCUGGAAGCCGACCAGAUAGAAAAGCUUGCCAGGAAUCUCCCACCACGGACCAUUGGGUACCCAUGGACACUGGCUUUUGGAACAUCAAAGCAUGGCAUGAGCAUUAAGACGCUGUACAGAGCCAUGCAGGGCCAGGACACCCCAGUGCUCAUGGUCAUUAAGGACAGCGAUGGCCAGGUGUUCGGUGCGCUGGCAUCUGAGCCCUUUAAAGUCAGCGACGGCUUUUAUGGCACAGGAGAGACUUUCCUGUUCACCUUCAAUCCAGAGUUUGAGGUGUACAAAUGGACAGGUGACAACAUGUUCUUCAUCAAAGGAGAUAUGGAUUCCUUAGCUUUUGGUGGAGGAAGCGGUGAGUUUGGCCUGUGGCUGGACGGAGAUCUCUACCACGGCAGGAGUCAUUCCUGUAAAACAUUUGGGAACCCCAUGCUCUCGAAAAAGGAGGAUUUCUAUGUUCAGGACAUAGAGAUCUGGGCUUUUGAAUAACAAACACUGCAUCACAGGGAAAAAACAAGUCCUGCAAAGGGCAUACCGAGGAGCGCUCCUCCUUUAGAACAAUGGCAACGCCCCAAACCUAACUGCACAUCACCAGGGCUCCCCAGGCAGGAAGCCAGCUAUCGGAUGCUUGUUGUGCGUUACUACUGCAGUUAUUACAGAGUUUUUUUUUCUUUGUGAAAAAUUACCUUUGUGUGUAUCUUGUUACAGCCUUGUGCAGCGUCUUUGCAGAGUAGGGGGAGUGUGUAAAGCAGUGACAAAUGAUGGUGAAGUGACUGAAAGAUGAGGUUGUAUCAGAGGGGUGAGAAGAGGGAAGCAGGGAAGGGACCAUCGGGCCUUGAAGAGGAAAGGACUAUCGGGAUUCCUCUCACCUGAGAGGUCGCAAAGAUGAUGGCGCCUGAGGUUUUGGACUGCUGCGAGAAGAGAGAACUGCCCUACUGGUCCAGAUUGUGUAUCUGAACUUGACAGAACCUCAAGGAGUCCCCAGCACCCUCUCAGACCCCCUAGAAGUUUGUUCAUUCAGUAGGAUGUUACCCACUGUGCUGUCAGCCUUGACGGAGAGAGACCCAGUUAGUGCUAAAGAAUCGAGACAAAAGCUGAACACAUUCCAUUACUCUCGGUGAUGGUGGAGUGUCAAAAUAAAGUUGGGAUUUGUGGUAAAACAACAAUAUACGAAACUCAUCAGCAGCAGGAUACGAUGACACUUAACUCAGAGAGGAGAGAAUAUUUACCGUGAGGGGCGGGGGGUAGUCUUUUUACAGUACAGUUCUGGGUUGUCUUCUGAGGCUAAACUAUAGAGUAUUGUGUAUUGUAGUCCUCCUGUUGUUCACUGUCAUAGCACACCAUCUGAAAGCACCUAGCUAUAAUCAGAUCACCCAUCGUCGUAAUGUUCUGUUCAGUGGGUGUACGUGUGAGUCCAGCUAACACCAGCUCCUCUCGCAGGAUGCUGGCUGUACUGUUUGUAGACAGUAACGUGUUGCAAUAGAUUUGUGGAAUAUGCAAAUAACUGUCCUGUGACCUCAAAUACCCGCAGGUCGUGGCACUUUUGCCGCUGCCUGUCAACUCUUUCAAGAGAGAAACUUGUAAAGCUUUUACGUCUUGAUACACAAUCGCUUUUCUGGGUAUCAUUUGAAAAGCCUGAGACGUGGUAACUGUUUUACAUGCAUAUAUGACAAUUAUAUAUUGGUAUAUAUGAUUAUAUAUGGAUUUAUAUAAUCAUAUAUAUUUUGCUGUUAAGUGUGACAGUGAUCUAUUUGUGCUGAUAUUUCAGCUGUUACAAUAUAAUGUAUAUUACCCUGUAAAUUAAUGUUCAAAUAGUAGAUUUGUUCCUCUAUAUAUAUAUAUAAAUACAUAAUGCUAUAUAAAUAUAUAUAUAUAUAUAUAUAUAAUAAAGUGUGGAUUGGUGGGUUGCUUCUAGCACUUUAAUCUGGUGUAAAAGCGUCAUGGCCAGGUUCCUAUAUUCUCUUAGCAGUAGCUGUACAGUACUUUUUUUGUUUAGAUCAUUAAGAUGUUAACUGUUAGUAGAAAGCUUGCUGCUACCAAUAUCAAUAAGGGUAUGCCCUAAUGCUCUGUGUGUCUAAAAAGGAGGAUUACUCUAAGGUAGGAAGGGGGUGGGGGGUUUGAAUGUGGCUAAACAUGGCAGCAGGGCUCGGUGUCUCUCCUCGUGUGGCUGUCAGGUGAGUCUCUAUAGGUCCAGGUAGGUAUGUAGGCAGACUGACCUCUGACAGGCAGAUGAUGGUGGGUGGAGGGAAGUGUGUACAGUACGUGACCCCUCCCCAGCAGAGCACCCCCCCCCCCCCCCCCCCCCCCCCCCCCCCCCCCCCCCCCCCCCCCCCCCCCCCCCUUCCUGGUCUUCCACACCAGUAUUUGUGUCCUUGUGGAGAGUCACAAAGAAUAAUAUGGAUAAUUCUUCCAAUUAUUUCACCAGAAUACAAUGUAUCAGUGAUGUAUAAAUAACAAUAAAGCUGAAUUAAUUGUUGUAACCUGG